GCCCCUGGUUUUGAAUACAUCUUUGGACGCCGAAGAGACGACGAAUGGAUUUUGGGAUGCUUUUUGCCGCCGGAUGAAUUUCUCCUCCUAAUCAUGUCUUCGUUUGAUUGCCUCCAAAACUCCAAAUCGCUGAGACGACGAAUGGAUUUUGGGAUGCUUUUUGCCGCCGGAUGAAUUUCUCCUCCUAAUCAUGUCUUCGUUUGAUUGCCUCCAAAACUCCAAAUCGCUGGGGAGGAAAGCUCCCUCACAAGUAUUAAUGGGAUCGCCGGCCGCCGGACAGAGCAGCAACAGAAAGAGCGACUACGACCGGUCCUUUAAGAUACUGUUGAUCGGAGAUUCUGGCGUGGGGAAGAGUAGCCUUAUCGCCAGUUUCAUUUCAGAUGCCCCUACUCACGCUUCUGCUCCCACCAUUGGUGUUGAUUUCAACAUCAAGUAUUUCGAAGUUGGCGGGAAAAAACUAAAGCUCAUAUUUUGGGACACAGCUGGACAAGAAAGGUUCAGGACAUUAACCACCAGUUUCUACAGAGGUGCCCAGGGAAUUGUUCUUGUUUAUGAUGUCACUAGGAAAGAGAGUUUCGAAAGUCUUACUGGUGUUUGGGAGGAAGAGAUAAAAAGUUACUCAAGUGAUCAGAACUAUGUGAAAAUGUUGGUUGGUAACAAAAAGGACCAAGAGUCCGAAAGGAAAGUGAGUACUGAAGAAGGGCUAGCUCUGGCAAGAAAAUUUGGGGGCCUAUUUCUUGAAUGCAGUGCUAAGACUCGAGAAAAUGUUGAUAUUUGCUUUGAAAAUCUCGCCUUACAGAUUUUGGAAGUGCCUAAUGCUCAUGAACAUGGAACUGCCAUGGGAAAGAUUGUUAGCUUUAAGCACGAAGAACACCAGACUCAACCUGGCAGUGGAUGCUGUGGAUAGAAUCAUGUCUCCUAAACUGUGUUCUCAUUGAUAUGUGAUCAAACUAUCAAGGUAAAUGAGUAAUUUGGUUUCAUAAGAAUCUGCUUUUCUUCAGCUAAAUUUAAGAACUUUGCCGGAUAAUAGUAGGUUACACAUUCCUUUCUGAUGUAUAAAAAAAGUUGGUUACACU